GACUGCAAUGGUUACCUCCGCGCGAGCCGUGCCAAACUUGUCCUCUCUCUGAAAAGCGGUUUUCCGUCUCUUUACGCACCGCACGAUUUUGCUCGUUUCGGGGGUUUAUGACACCCGGAGACCCGAGAGAGACACCGUUUGCAGAUUAGUGAGUCGGCAGAAAACUUUACAGAGAGUACCACCGCGGAGAAACACGGGUGAAGUUCCUCCAGCAGCAGCAGCAGAAGCCGGAGGGGACCGGGAGGAGGAGUCAACAGGUCCCAGCUUAGGAGCUGCUAUCGAUUCAACGGGAGAUUUCCUUGGCCAAGGACAGAGAGAUUGACGUUUUUGGGGCUGCAGAGGAGAUGCCCGUCCAAGGAGAAGAGCUUUGCCCUGGCAUCAUGUGAUCCGCGCAUUCCCGAGGAGCGCUCCGCAGUGGAAGAGUGAAUCUCCGCUCCCUUGGAAAAAUCACGACCACUAAGCACCCCUAUCGCCACUAUCCCAACUCCUGCAGCCAUCACCUUUUCUUGACUCAACUUGCCUCCUGUCUCUUUUUAUCCCCCCUUUCAUCUUAACGAUAAGGAAUGGCCUCUUGCAAAUAAGACCUUUCAAACGGUUUCACAAUACCAGAGAAAGGAAGGAUAAAACUCUCUCUUCCAACCUGUGUCUCUUUUCAUCUUUGUGCACCCUUAACACACACAUUCAUAAACCAGCUGGAUUUUUUUGUGACAUCUACAGCAGCCAUUACACAAGUUUCCAAACCAUAAGGACGUUUUUUUCCUCGCUUGGAAGUCUAUUGGAAUAUCUACUCAUGCAGAGCCCCUAUGGGGGAUUGAACCAGGAAUCCAAACUGACUUCUGUUUGGCUCCAUUAGAUUUUUUUACGGUGGUCUUUCUGUGACUGGAGGUGGACUGAGCCAUCAUGGCAGGGAAGGGCAACCCUCACCUCAACGGCUUCCCCAUGCCCACUUACUCCUACUUCUUCCCCCACAUGUUGGGGAGCCUGUCCCCUCCAGCGCUCGCGGGACUUCCCCUCAGUGGAUACAGCACCCCCUCACCAGCGACGAUAGAGACCCAGAGUACCAGCUCAGAAGAGAUAGUGCCAAGCCCGCCCUCGCCUCCCCCGCCGCCCCGCGUCUACAAGCCCUGCUUUGUGUGCCAGGACAAGUCCUCAGGGUACCACUAUGGUGUCAGCGCCUGCGAGGGCUGCAAGGGCUUCUUCCGGAGAAGCAUCCAGAAGAACAUGGUGUACACUUGUCACCGGGAGAAGAACUGCAUCAUCAACAAAGUCACCCGCAACCGCUGCCAGUACUGUCGGCUGCAGAAGUGCCUGGAAGUCGGGAUGUCCAAGGAGUCAGUGAGGAACGAUCGGAACAAGAAGAAGAAAGAUGACAAGAAGCCGGAGUGCACGGAGAUCUACGUGCUGAGUCCUGAAACGGAGAGGAUGAUCGACCGGGUUCGCAAGGCACACAAGGAAACGUUUCCCUCCCUCUGCCAGCUGGGCAAAUACACUACGAGUAACAGCUCAGAACGACGUGUAUCUCUGGACGUAGACCUGUGGGACAAGUUCAGUGAACUCUCCACCAAGUGCAUCAUAAAGACGGUGGAGUUUGCUAAGCAGCUGCCCGGCUUCACAACGCUCACCAUCGCCGACCAGAUCACUCUGCUAAAAGCCGCCUGUCUGGACAUCCUGAUACUCCGGAUCUGUACGCGCUACACACCAGAGCAGGACACCAUGACUUUCUCAGAUGGACUCACGCUAAACCGAACCCAGAUGCACAACGCAGGCUUCGGCCCCCUGACCGAUCUGGUUUUUGCCUUUGCCAACCAGCUCCUUCCUCUGGAGAUGGACGACGCAGAGACGGGGCUGCUCAGCGCCAUCUGUUUGCUCUGUGGAGAUCGUCAGGACUUGGAGCAGGCAGAGAAGGUGGACGUCCUGCAGGAGCCCCUCUUAGAGGCUUUAAAGAUUUACGUGAGGAGGAGGAGGCCCCACAAACCGCACAUGUUCCCCAAGAUGCUGAUGAAGAUCACUGAUCUGAGGAGCAUCAGCGCUAAAGGAGCCGAGCGUGUCAUCACCCUGAAGAUGGAGAUCCCCGGCUCCAUGCCCCCCCUCAUCCAGGAGAUGCUGGAGAACUCAGAAGGUCUGGAGAGUGGGGCGGCGGGCAGCCGGGCCAGUGGCGCCCCCCCCGGCAGCUGCAGCCCCAGCCUGUCCCCUAGCUCUGCCCAAAGCAGUCCCGCCACACAAUCGCCGUAGAAGCGGCCCACCUUUUUUUAAUUUUCCGUCACGAUGCUCUCUGCGUUCUUAAGGGGAAUGGGCGAAGGAGGGGGGGGCUUGGACCCUAACUGUUGAACACCGGCAGAGCCAACCUCCUCCUACGACACAAACCCCCCCCCUCUCCCCCCCUUACCCCACCUCGUGAUCUGCCUUUUCCUCACUCUGGAGCACCGUCCUGAUGUGAGGGGGGGUGAGUCCAGGGCGGGCCGGGGCGACAGGAUGCCUCUGAGAGACCACACCGUAAACACUGCUGAAUGCUCCUCCCCCGUCUCCCUCUACUCUCUCCUCCACUGCUGCUCCUCCUUUCUCCUACAGACUCAUGGAAACGGAUGCAGUGGCGAUCGGUUCGCGGGACAGAUGUAGGAUCAAGGAUUAAGCAUACAGACCGACUCAAUGAACACCUGACACUUUUUUUGUUGAACUCUGAGGCAGACUGCAAGCUUGGGACUUGUCAAAAGAUCCCCCCCCCCCCUCCUCAAAAGACUCUGGGUCUUUUCUCUUUUUCCAACUUAAAAAAGACAGAUUUCGUACAAAAGAUAUAUAAAUAUAUAUAGAAAAAGUUAUUGUGAUGGACACAUCCGGAACAGAAUGGCAGGUUGAAAUGACGACAUGUUUUCUGAGAGUAAAAAAUGGUUGUACUCCUUCACUGUUUGAAUCUUUUCAUACCCACCGAGAGUAUUGAGAGAGACCUUUCAGUUUUAUCACAUUUGUACAUUAUUCUAAUUAAGGAAAAAGCAAAAGAUGUUGAAAUUUCUCUCCAGUCUACACAUGCAAACACACACAUACAUAAACAAAUGUGCACAGAAAACAAGUCGCAAUGAAUAUCACCUUCUAUUCCAGGUUGGAUUUGUUUUCCUUUUUUCUUUAUUUUUUUUUUGCUUCCAAGAGAAUGGAAAAAAAAUGAUUGUAUGAACAUGGUUGUAUGAUAUGGUCACAGGUCCUUUCAAGAAAUCAAAUUAAUGAAGAUUCAUUAUUAAGGUGUAUUUUAAGUAGCCUUUGAGUUUGUGUAUAUAAGCUGUAUUCAUUUCUUUAAAACUAUGAAGAGUUUUAGGCUUCACCUGAUUUUUUUUUUUUUUUUAAGAAUACCUUUUAUGUGUUUUGUUUAUAGGUUUGUGAUGCAAGAAAAUACAUUUGAGCACAUUUUACUGAAGGAAGUUCUUUCAUGUUUUGUGUCCUACUAAAUACUGGACAGACCCUUAACCAAUCACUGGCUGUUCAGGAUGUGGCUUUCACAGACAAUUUAAACCUCCCCCCUCUCACUUUUAAAAGAUGUUUUACAUACAGUAGAAUGACAAAGUAGCACUCCAGUCGGGGCAUAGCUUUUUUUUGGCCGUGUAGCAGAAAGAAAUGGUGUUUUUCUGAAAAUGGUGAGCCGGACGUCACUUAUAGCCGGCCAGGUUCAAGUGAGCCACAGCAGCUCAGCUUCAAAGAGAGUUAAAAUGUGAAGAAUGGUGUACAUACACACUGUAUUAAACACAAGUGAUUCUCAGUAGCCUCUGAAUGGAUCAAUAAUCUGUAGUGGAUGGGAAAAGAAUAGAUUGUAGUGAUGCCUCUGCUCUCUCAGCGGUCAGGCAAGUGAAGGUCCCAAAUGUGAUGUUUGUCAACUAAGUCCUCACAAAUGUUCCCCUGGCAACCUGUGGUAGAAACAAGUAUGUGACUUUUUUGCCGGAUCCAGAGCAACCUCGCACCCUGUGACUCACUUUACGCCAAAACGCCUUCACCGUUAACACACGUUUCAUCUAGACCAUCAUUACUGUACACACGCCAAUGUCUCAGGAAGGAAUCAUUUUGUGUGCUUGGCCUGUUCUAUGUUUCUGUGCUGCACCCCCCCCCCCCCCCCCCCAACCCUCCUAUCACAGAUGCACACACACACGUCUGCUACUGAGCCCCUGAAUUUUAUUUCACUCGUUUUUUUGUUCAGCCUGGCAGACCAGGACCUGUGCAGAGAGACACUUACCCCAACCCUGCAACGUUACGACAUAGGAUGCCAGUGUGGAGUCUCUCCGAGUCGUUCAUGUGUUCUUUUUAUUUGUACGGUCAAAGCUGCUUUCAUCAUUUAGGACUUCACCUGUCCAGAACAGCGCACAACUUUUCCCUCCACAGCUAAUCUGGAAUAGCAACAGACACACCGUCAGUUUGAGAAAUAUGGAAUAUGUUGCAAUUUUGUCAAGAUUAUCAAGCGACUUUGGAAAAAAAACAAAACAACAAAAAAAAAAGAUUAAAAAUAAAAACCAACAUUUAAUAUUAAA